AUGGGUGAAACCAUUGAAGUUGGACACCUCCACAAGGCCUUGACCCCGGGCACUCCCUACGUCGCCUACGUCCGCGCCACCUCCGUGGUGGGCGACGCCAAGGGCUGGGGCGUGGCCAGUGCUCCGGAGAUUGCACCGCCAGACUAUCCAAGCCAACCCGAGAAACCCACCUCGCCUUGGCAGUGGCCCACGGCAUUGGAGGUGCACUGGACCGCUCCGUGGCUCCGGGGUUCGGACCUGGAAAGCUGUGAGUUCGUCUAUUCUCUCGACCCCGAUUGCCGCGAGUUGACGAAGGUGCCGCACGAGGUGGCGCAUAAAUCUUUCGAGGAGCGCCAGAUCCAUGUGGAAGACCUUGAGUAUGCCACGACUUACUACUUCAAGGUCCGCAUCAAGAACGGUGUGGGUUGGUCGUUCUGGAGUGAGGUCUCGGAGGGCUUCAUGACGGGAGCGUGCAGGCCAGCGCCACCCAAGCGGCCGAUCCUGGAGCAUAUUGACAUGGAACAGCUCGUCUUCCGAUGGAACCUGCCAGACAGCCAUGGCUGUGCGAUCGACAAGUACGAGGUCUUCCUGGCGGACCAAGCUCAGGUGGCCAAAGUCCCUCAGCUCAUUGAAGAUUUGAACCAGUGCGAGACCGAUGAGGAGCAAAAGGAGCUGCUGGAUGCCUUGCCCGUGAGGGAAUUCCAUGGCAUCAAGGUGGAGGAGUUCACCAAUCCGAAAGAGCCGGAUCAUAUCUUUGAAGGGCUCCUGGGUGGCUUGCCCUAUGCCGUGGCAGUCAGGGCACACAAUGUAGAGGGCUGGAGUGAUUGGUCGGAGCCGUUGGACGACAUCGUCUCUCCGUCGGCGGCUCCAGAGGAACCCCCGGCGCCGUGGAUGCUGGAGGCGACGAAAGACUCCUUGCACGUCGGCUUCUCCUUGCCGUAUGACAAUGGCGACCGCAUCACACAAGCAGAGGUGGCCUGGUUUCGUCUCUCGGGUCCGAUGGAACGACAUGUGGCCCUGGGCGGCAAGGUCACGGUGCCGGUCUCUGCGCAGAGUAAAGAGGACGAGGAGGGUGGUGUCACCGUCGAUGUGCCGGACACGGUGGAGCGAGCGCUCCCCGAGGAGUACGGAGGAAGUUGGGAGGCAACCUUGACUGGGCUAGCACCUGGCACGGAGUACGAGGUUCAGGUGAGCUGCAUCAAUAGCCAUGGCAAUGGGUCCUAUUCCAUCGGCAUGAUCAUGGUGUGUGGAGCUGGCAUUCCAGAUGUACCUGGCAGGAUUCGCCAUGCGGUGCCCCAAGCGGACACCGAUUCUGGCCUGGAUGCACCCACCUUCCAGCGAAUGAUCAGCGAUAUGUCUCAGGGAGACCUUUCUGAUCCGGACACGCCUCCGACACCGCGCAGCAGCAUGGAUGAUGCCAGUGAGGAUGGAGGUCAUGCACAGCUCGAGGAGGGGGCCCUGGAGCUUCCGAGUGCCUCGGCGGUGCAAGCAGGCGCCGUCUUCUUCAAGAGGACCAUGCGCAUGUCGGCACCAGACGAGGUGGUGAACAUGGGUGCGAAGAAGCCACGCCAACGCCGCUGGAGAUUCUUGGGUGCUGGCUUUGCGAAAGUGCAGCCAUCUGAGGAAAGCUGA